AUGGAACAAAAGAACCUCACAUCGCUGACUGAGUUCAUUUUGGUGGGGGUCACAAGGCAGCCUGAGCUGCAGGCCCCACUUUUUGGGGUCUUCCUCAUCAUCUACACAGUCGCGGUGGUGGGCAACCUGGGCAUGAUCGUCUUGACCCAGGUGGACUCCCGCCUCCACACACUUAUGCAUUUUUUCAUCAAACACCUGGCUUUCAUUGAUCUUGGUAAUCCUACUGUCAUUUGCCCCGAGAUGCUGGUAAAUUUCAUUGUGGAUCAGAAUACCAUCUCCUACUAUGCAUGUGCCACGCAGUUGGCUUUCUUCCUGAUGUUCAUUAUCGCUGAAUAUUUCAUCCUGUCCGCUAUGGCCUAUGACCGCUAUUUGGCCAUCUGUCACCCUCUGCUCUACAAUGUCAUCAUGUCCCAGAGACUCUGCCACGUGUUGGUAGGCAUUCCAUACCUCUGCGGUACCUUCCAGGCUCUACUGUUCACUAUCAAGAUUUUUACAUUAACUUUUUGUGGCACUAAUGUCAUCAGUCAUUUCUACUGUGACGAUGUUCCCUUACUAUUUAAGCUCUGCUCAAAUGCACAAGAAAUAGAAUUGUUGAUCAUCGCAUUUUCAGCACUUAAUUUGAUGUCUUCCCUCCUAGUAAUCUUAGCAUCCUACGUACUGAUUUUAAUAGCCAUAUUUCGAAUACAUUCUGCAGAAGGCAGGAAAAAAGCUUUCUCCACAUGUGGUUCUCAUGUGAUGGUGGUGGUUGUGUUUUACGGUUCUCUACUAUUUAUGUACACGCAGCCCAAAUCCACUCACUCCUUUGAUACUGACAAAAUGGCCUCUGUGUUUUACACGUUGGUGAUCCCCAUGCUUAACCCCUUGAUCUACAGCUUAAGGAACAAAGAGGUAAAAAAUGCUUUCCAUAGGCUCUUUAAGAAUUGCUGCAAACUUGGUAUCUAA